AUGUUUUCCACAAGAGUCCUGAUUUUGGCUGUUUUGAUUUCCACUGCACUGGCUGGGCGAUGGGCUACCAUGUGUGCUGGAAAGUCUUCCAACGAGCUCCGGAUGUGUGAUAGCUACGGCUGUGGACAGUACUCAGCUCAAAGAAACCAGAGGCUUCACCAGGGUGUGGAUGUCUUAUGCUCUGAUGGAUCAACUGUGUAUGCACCGUUCACCGGAAUGAUUGUGGGUCAAGAGAAACCUUAUGAAAACAAAAAUGCUAUCAAUAAUGGUGUUCGCUUAUCUGGAAGAGGUUUCUGUAUCAAAAUUUUCUACAUCAAACCAAUUAAGUAUAAAGGUUCUAUCAAGAAAGGAGAGAAACUGGGAACCCUGUUGCCCUUGCAGAAAGUUUAUCCUGGCAUACAGUCACACGUGCACAUUGAAAACUGUGACUUGAGUGAUCCUUCUGCAUACCUGUGA